AGAAGAUAGAUAAGCAGGAAAGUUGUUACUCUUUAGUGCUCAAUUUAAAAUACUUUGAAAAUGUGUAAAAAAUUCCAUUUCUUGCACAGCCCUCUUUUCUGUCUUUGUAGACUUUAACAUGUUUGGGCUUGUUUUAAAGUUCACACUAAACAAGAAGUUUUAAAAGUGUGAACUUCUUGAUACUUUUGCCUUUAAAUGACAAAUUACUAGUGGUUUGAAGGGCAAACUUAUCAAGGCACUUAACUGUUAAGUAAAGUGGAAAAAAAGGGAGUUAAGGUACUAGAACUAUCCAAGCUGUAAGCCUCAGCCUCCUUCUUACCAGGAGUCAUUUAAUGUUUUUCAUUAUGAUUUUUAUGAUGAACUUUGCCACUGUGAACAUGAGACUCACCAGUUUUUGAGGGCAUCUUGACCUGAGUUUCAGUUCCAUAGUCCUGAUUCUCUUUAGGUUCCUUAAGGUGCUACGAGGAUCACCUAAAUGCAAAAGGGGGCCGAUAAUAGCUACUUCCUUAAAGAAAUAAUGUACAACAUUUUUGAAGUUUAAACUCAUCUCCCAGGCUUAUGAAGUACUUUCAGAUGUAAAGAAAAGGGAAAUUUAUGACCAGGGUGGGGAGCAGGCUAUUAAAGAAGGAGGCACCACAAGCGGCAACUUCUCAUCACCCAUGGACAUUUUUGACAUGUUCUUUGGCGGUGGAGGGCGGAUGACCAGAGAGAGAAGAGGCAAAAAUGUCGUGCAUCAGUUGUCUGUAACGCUUGAAGACAUAUAUAAUGGAGUUACAAGGAAACUAGCACUCCAGAAAAAUGUAAUUUGUGAAAAAUGUGAAGGAAUUGGUGGGAAAAAGGGAUCCGUUGAAAAGUGUCCCAUCUGCAAAGGGAGAGGAAUGCAAAUUCACAUCCAGCAGAUUGGGCCAGGAAUGGUCCAGCAGAUUCAAACAGUGUGUCUAGAAUGUAAAGGCCAAGGUGAACGCAUCAACCCCAAGGACCGGUGUGAGAACUGUAAUGGCUGUAAAGUUGUAAGAGAGAAAAAAAUUAUAGAAGUUCACAUAGAAAAAGGUAUGAAAGAUGGACAAAAGAUUAUGUUUCAUGGAGAAGGAGAUCAGGAGCCUGAGCUGGAGCCUGGUGAUGUCAUCAUUGUGCUUGAUCAGAAGGAUCAUGGUGUCUUUCAGAGAAGAGGCCAUGACUUGAUAAUGAAAAUGAAAAUUCAGCUCACUGAAGCUUUGUGUGGUUUCAAAAAGACGAUAAAAACUCUGGAUAAUCGAACUCUUGUAAUAACUUCUAAGUCAGGUGAAGUGAUAAAGCAUGGUGACUUGAAAUGUGUACGUAAUGAAGGCAUGCCCAUCUAUAAAGCACCAUUAGAGAAAGGCUCUCUCAUCAUACAGUUCUUGGUUAUCUUUCCUGAAAAACACUGGCUCCCCCAAGAAAAAUUGCCUCAGUUAGAAGCUUUACUUCCGCCGCGACAAAAAAUAAGAAUCACGGAUGACAUGGAUCAAGUAGAACUCAAGGAAUUUAACCCCAGCGAACAAAACUGGCGCCACAGCGCGGAAGCGUAUGAAGAAGACGACGAGGGCCCCAGGGCGGGAGUGCAGUGCCAGACAGCGUGACGUGGCGUGUGCGGACUAGCAAACUGAUGAAUGUAAAGUUGGCACAAUGAAAAUGGCAUCGCUUUAAUGGCCUCGUGUUUGGGGUGUCCUGUGUGUGUAUGUAUAGUAUGUAUGUAUGUGUUCAGCACAAGGAACUGCUGCUGAGUGUCCCCUUUUUUGGUUGUAUCUUAAGUUAUAGCUUAAUUUAUAUUUAAAUGUUUUUAAGUGUAAAUCACAUCUAGUCUGCAUAUGGAAUCUUUUCAUUUACACUUCCAGGUUGUAGCCAUAAGAAGCCCCUGAUUGAAAGUGGAGGUUCUCAGAUAUCAGUCCCGUCCCCAGAGCACAGCUGGAGCCCAAGGGCGAUUACGCCCCCACCCCCGCCCAGGGUGGCCAGCGCUGCCGCCAUGUCCCCCCCACCGCCGUGCGCCCCCUGAAUUCCCCCUUGCCUCGCUGGGAUGGGAUGGGAGCCCCAGGCCCACCUUCAUGGGGGACCAGGCACUUUGGGAUUGGAUUCUUAUACCACCAGUAACUCUUCCAACAUAUUAGUUGGUAGAAGCAAAAAGCCAAGCCUGUCCGUUUGGAGGUGGUAGGGGCAAGUACAUAUGCCCACAGCCUUCAGGCUGCCUGGGGCCCAUCCUGCACUGACACCCCCUAACACCGGCCACACCAAGGCGCUUCCCUGGAGAGAACGCCUCUCUGCAUCCCUACGGCCGUCUGGUUGCUCUUUUUCCGGCAACAAACGGGGGGAGGACCCUCUUUGAGGCUUGGGGUGUCUAGAAAACCAGUGGAGAGAUUUCCUUGCCUGAGGGGCUUCAGGACAAUCUGUCAAGUUCUGUAAAUCAAUAGUACUUCUGUUCAGCAAGUUGAUGUUUGUCACUUUUUUCACUUAACCUGUGCUAUAAAAUUUUAACUUUUUAAAAAAGAAAAGGCGAGUAAGUUUGCUUCUGUACUCACACGAAGGCAUCUCUUUCUGUUCUGCUUUUCCUGCGUGGCAGAGAGCAGGGCAGUGGGCCCACCCUACACUCUAGGGCUUCCCCCCCACAAUUCUCUGACAAAGUUUUCACCGGCCGUUAAGGGGUCAUCUCCCAGCUUUAUUACCAAUCCAUCACCUCUCUCUAAUCUUGCACUACCCACCAAAUUCUACUGAAUUUCCUUUAAAAGGGAUAAAAUGCAGCCAGCUUGAAAAAGGGACAGGCUGACUAGCAUUUGUUUCAGUGGAUGAGCACGCACAACUGAGGUGUUAAAGCUGACAUUAAAAACAGGAAUCAUCAAAGUCUUUCCAAUCUCAUAGUAAAUUUAAAAAUGCCAAACACAAGAUAAUCCUAUAGAAACAGACCUGAUUUAGCUAUAAUAUUCUUAGCUACAGUGGCUAAAAGCAUUUCUGACCUAUCUCUAAGGCACUGUAGAUACACAGUCAGGUCCAGGUAAUAUAUAUAUAUAUUAUAUAAUAUAUAAUGUGCUGGACUGAGACCCAGAAAUAUGUCUUAUUUUUGUAGUGUUAACGGUUCCUUUCCCAGUGACACUGGUACCAUACAGGUUAGGACCAAAAGUGCUCCUAGUACUUGUGGGACUUUGUACUUGGGGGAAGAAAAUGCCUGGUCGACAUGAUGUGCAUAGAACAGAGCAAUGCAAUGAACUUCUUUCUCUUGUGCACAAAUGGAGUUUCACAUUUAAACUGAAUCAAGGCUUCUGCUACCCCACCCUUGCCAUUUUGUGUUGUCCUAACAAAAUGAUUAGUACUUAGCACUGUUAGUUCUAUCAAUUUAAUUUAUUUUUCUACAUUCUUCUGUUGAUUAAAUAGACUGUCUAGAUGGGGACCAUGGGGGGAAGGGGGGAGUUACUUUAAAUAAUUUUUUCACCUGUAUUUUCAAGUCAUUCUGAAAAUAAAAUUGAGCUGGUUAUUUGAAAGAUAA